AUGAGCGAUGAGAAGCAACCCCUACUUACUGGACCUAAUACUCCCAUUGAUAAUGUGGAGGUUCAAACAGUGGAAUUGGUGACAAGUCCGUCGGUCCACCUUUCACCCUUUAAAGAUGAAAAGCCGAAGAAAGCGGAAUAUAAUCCUGCGUCUGAACGAUACUUGGAGCAUCCAACUUCGAACUUUGACACUUUAAUUCACCUCCUCAAAGGCAAUAUAGGCACUGGUAUUUUGGCUAUGCCUGAUGCUUUUAAAAAUGCUGGUCUUGUUUUAGGUGUAUUUGGUACAUUAUUUAUGGGAGCCAUAUGCACACAUUGCAUGCAUAUGCUUGUGCAGUGUUCUCAUGAGUUAUGUAUUAGAAAUCAGAGACCAGCAAUGAGUUUUGCAGAAGUGGUAGAAGAUGCAUUUGCCAUGGGUCCUAUAUCAUUGAGACCAUAUGCUACUAAAAUUAGGAAUAUGGUCAAUGUGUUCCUUGUUAUGACGCAAUUAGGAUUUUGCUGUGUUUAUUUUUUAUUUGUUGCCACUAACUUGCAAGAUACAAUGCAUAUUUUUGGCAUAAACCUAAAUGUACACAGCUAUUUAGCAUUGUUGUUCAUACCUCUAUUGACAUUGGGUAUGGUAAAGAACCUAAAAUACUUAACUCCAGUGUCUCUUCUUGCAUCAAUAAUGACUGCUUGGGGUCUUGUAAUAACUUUCUAUUACAUACUGCAAGAUUUGCCACACACUGGUAGCGUAAAAGCAUUUGCAGGCUGGCAUCAGCUACCAUUAUAUUUUGGAACAGCCAUUUAUGCUUUUGAAGGCAUUGGUGUGGUUUUGCCAUUGGAAAAUAACAUGAAGACUCCAGAAGACUUUGGGGGUUGGACGGGUGUUUUAACUACUGGCAUGGUUAUUGUGGCCGCCCUUUACACUGCUAUUGGCUUUUUUGGCUAUCUCAAAUACGGAGAUCACGUCCUCGGCAGUAUCACUCUUAAUUUACCAAAUGAUCUGCUAGCUCAAAGCGUCAGAGCUGUAAUGGCAGCUGCAAUAUUCCUCUCCUACGGCCUUCAAUUUUACGUUCCUAUGAACAUUGUGUGGCCGUAUAUUAAAACUAAAUUAAAUUCUGAAAAGGCUCUGGAAUACGGAGAAGCUGCCACACGAUUUGUUCUCAUAUCCAUUACGUUUAUUGCGGCGUUGUUGAUACCCAAUCUCAGCAGCAUAAUAUCACUGGUGGGGGCGUUCAGCAGUUCCGCGCUGGCUCUGAUUUUCCCGCCCAUUAUUGAGAUAAUCACGUUUUGGCCAGAUAGACUCGGACACAGAGAUUGGAUGUUGUGGAAAGAUAUCGCUAUCGUUCUAUUUGGUAUAACCGGCUUCGUUUUUGGUACUUACGCCAGCGUAGAAAAUAUAUUAAAACAAUCU